AGGAAAAAAAAGAACUAACCGCAGGUUCAGAAGUGAUGUGGCCUAUAAUGCCAUAGAUGGUAUCGAAUGGAAGAGAAAAGUUACAUGUUGGUAACAUAUGGUAGCAAACUUUUGUUAGAAUGAAUGGAGCAGCUUACUCAAACUUUGACAACCAAGAACACGUUCUCAAAUUAGGCGAAACAUUUGAGAAACAACCGAAAAGCGCAUUCCACACAGUACGAUAUGAUUUCAAACCCGCUUCCAUUGACACCGCAUGCGAGGGGGAGCUGGAGGUCGGGAAAGGAGAGCAGGUGACGAUUACUUUGCCAAAUCUGGAGGGAUCGACCGCACCGAUAACGGUUUUCAAAGGCUCCAAGCGACCGUACAUGAAAGAAUGCAUCCUGAUCGUGAACCACGACACCGGGGAAUACCGGCUGGAAAAGCUCAACAGCAACAUUGCGGUGAAGAAGACCAGGGCGGAGGGCAGCAGUAAGAUCCAGUCCCGGCUGGAGCAGCAGACCAAUCGGCUGAGCCAGCAGAUGAAGAGUGGGAAUGGGGGAGGCAGCAAGGCCCCGUCCGGCUCCAAGAGCUCCCCUCCCAAAGAAAAGCUCUCCCCCAGCUCCCCCAUGGACGAUAUCGAAAGAGAGCUGAUGGCCGAGGCCCGGGAGAUGGAUCAGAUGAGCAGCGGGGGCAGCUCCUCUGAGUCCCGAAGCUCCUCCUCCAGCAGCGAGGACAGCUCCAGCAGCAGCAGCGACUCCGAGGACGAGGCUCGGCCCCGCCCCCCCGCUCCCUCCGGCCCCGCCCACUCCUCUGGCCCCGCCCACAGCAUGCCCGUCAUCUCCGCCUCUCACAGUCGCGCCGAGGAGGCCGGGGGCGGCGGCCACUUGAUGAGCACGCUCAAAAACGACCUUCAGCUGAGUGAGUCCGGAAGUGAAAGUGAUGAUUACUGAUUGUGGAUCACCUGAGGAGAGAGAGAGAGAGAGAGAGAGGGGGAAUGAGUGAGUGAGUGAGUGAGUGAAGGAGAGAGGUGUGUCUGCUGCCCUGACCACCUUAAGGAACGUGGCUUUUUAGGCCUAAAUGUGCUGGUGGAACAGUCAUGCAUUUCUGCCUAUCCGAAUGGCCUCGUUAUGAGUUGGAUUCCUUAAAGUAUCUCUUCUGUAUUUUAUUUCAAUCACUUUAUCAGUUUAUCAUCUCAGUUGUGCAGAGGACCAGGAGUGAAUGUUGUGAUUCCUUUAAGAGCAACUCUUGUAUUAUUUGUUUUCAGUUUUGUUUUUUUUGUUUUGCUUUGGGGGGGGGGACUCAGUGCAGAACUGGAAGCCAGCGUUGUGUAGUUUUUGGGUGGUGUUAUGCUGCCAAGAUCAUUCAGUGUACUUCAACCAUAUCACUAUACCAGUGUAGCCUUUUCUGUGCUGGACUUCAGCAAAGGAGAUCUUUUCAGUCAAGUCAGCGCUCAUUCAACGAUGGAACGAGCCUUGAGCUUUUGCCUUAUGUUGUACAGCCGUAUGACCUUAAAGCCUGUGGAGGUCAGGAAGUACCUGUGGCUUCUUCAGUCAGAAAUAAGAGGACGAUAGCUACUUUCAUUACUUUCACUUGUGUUCUGCUUGAACAGAUCUUUGUAGAGCUUUUUCGACCCUUGUGCUGCUUAUGCCAUAUCAAGGAUGUUUGUCUUGAUGAAUUGCUGCACUACUUAUACUUAAAAUAAGAAACUUAAUCAUUUUUGAGUCUUAAAAUUAAGGUCAUGAGCCCAUACGAAGACAUUAUGUAUCUCAGAGAUCAUGCUUCUUGGCUUUUGCGCUUGAAACCUGCAAUACUUGAAUCUGUCUCGUCAUGAUUAUUUAUUUUUCCGAUAUUUGCAGAAUAGACCAACACACUUUUGUUUUAAACAUGGAGAGGCAACGGACUUGGUCUUUGUGUAGUAUGGACAUUUAGCUGCUAGUAAUUAACUACAUUUAAGUCUGGUUAAAAUCAUCAUGUGCACGUGUUUGGAUGGUGAACUGAAGGCUUUUGCAGAAAUCUUUUUUUUUCAGUUACAGCAACAUUUUCAUUUCCUUGAAUAUUUCAAACUUCCAUGACUGGCUGUUAGUAUUCAGCUGUGGUCGAUUACCUGACCAUUCCUGGGACUUAAGACAGGAGAUAUUUAUGUGUAGAGGGCUGCAGCUGUGUUUGUACAGGCACUGUGAUACGCACAACAUGCUUUCUCAAUUAAAAAAAAAAAAAAAAAAGAAGUAGAAGAACCGCUUUUCUAAGGGGCUGAUGGUCUGGUGACAAACGCAUCGUGUAGAAUCUGAAAAGAUGUGGGCGUGCUUAUGGCCGCCGUUGAGCCCGCGUGUGGGCGUGACGCGCUGAACCCCAAACGGACCUACGGACAGGACGGUCCUCCGGAAGAGCAUCUCCACCCCAGCGUCGCCACCGCCGGGUCCGUGACCCCACUGGACCUGCCCCUCAGUGACUCGCUGGCGUAUGUACUGAAAAUGUAUGGAUCAAUAAAGAUUUUAAAAGUCAA